CGCUGAAUACAGGAAGUAGGCUGCAAGAUGAUGUUGAUAUCUCUCAAAUUGUCUUGUGAGCGAAAGGCUUUUUAAAAACUUCCUCCUUGUUCGGCAGAAUUGGAAAAAGUCCAGCCCUCCUUAAGCAACACCAAUCGACCACCUCUUCGUCCAAUUGGCCGCAGGGCACCUUAAAUGGGUCCAUGUCGCAGUAGUUCCUGCUUUUAGUUCAGACUGUUCCCUCACUCUGAGAAGAAACAAGUUCGAUUCCUGACUCGCCACCAAGAAGUUCCUGCACAACAUGGAACAUGAAAGCACUCCGCUCCUGCAGACCAUCAAGGAACACCCUCUCCACCCAGCUGUAAAAGUGUGCUUAAAGCUUCUGUCUCUCCCCAUGGCGGUUGCUUCCAUCGUGAUCGGAGCAAUCUAUUUGCAUUCUUGUACCAAGCAGUACCUCAUACCAAUUUAUCUGAUUGUCUCUGGGAGCUUUACUAUCUUCUUUGUGAUCACGACACUGAAAUCGUGCGGCUCCAGUGAGGAAAACUCCAUGGAAGUGGCCCAUAAAUCGGGCAAUGCGUGGUGGACCUUGUGUUCGAUCUUCUCCUUCGUCUGGUUUAUCUGUGGUAACGUCUGGAUUUACAGCAUCUAUGAGCCAGAAUAUAUCAACAAAUUAUCACCCAACUACUGUGAUAAAACCCUCUAUCUCUUUGCUUUCUGGCUGACCACCAUUAUGUACAUCCUGCUUGGGCUAACACUGGUGCUUAGCUGCUGCUGGCUCAUUGUGAUAUGUGCCAUAGGCGGGAGCAUCUUCAUGAACCGACGUACAUAGGAACUCUCCCAACUUUGUCCGUGGUUAGUGCAGGCCUUGUUGUCAGGCACUUUGGGCUUUUGCAGUUAAUUCGGCUGGAAUUCUUGUCAUGUUAUUUUACAAACCCUUGCAUAUCUUUAUUUUGCCUGUUAUUUGCAUACAAUUGACUUUAAGGAAGCUGAUGUGAAAGAAUUUGUAUGUUAACUGAUCAGUAACAAUUUGAGUUUUAAGUAGGUCCUUGGGCAAUAUCGUUAAAUCACUGCAAUUAAAUAUCGCUUCAAUUAUUAA